AUGACAUUCAGUAAUGAUAGCGACAAUAAGUUAACUGCAAAGAAGCUACAUCAAAAUUUCUUAUGGAGUGUUAAUGCUACCAUACAAAAAGAAAAGCUGCUCAAAAUGAGUGAUGUACAAGCUGGAAAAAGACAUCUAUUCCUCUUUCAAUAA